GCACUAUAUGUAUGACUCAUCGACGGUGUGGCUGUCUUGGCGGUCAUCUCAACUAAUGUCAAAGAGAAAAACACGCCUAUUGUACUGUGAUAAUCGCAGCAGUAAUGACUUGGAGUAUAUUGUAUUUCGUAGUGCUGACGACUGUGACGUCCGCACAGCUUUGUUAUGGAGCAGCUAUGGAUUCGGAGGCUGUUGUUCAGAGGCCUCCAUCAGCAGGUAGUGUUCGCCUCAGGAGUGUGGAGCAUGAACCUGUGGCUCCAACACGACGGGGCUCACUCACCAUCAGGCCUGACCAAACAUCCACUCGUGUGCGGCACAAUUUGAUGAAUGCUAAACUGAAGCGCAUUGAUCCGUCAGUGCAAUGUAGUGACAACCUGAUGACUCUGAGAGUCAAAGACAUCAGAGCUCCUCACAUACUUGUGGAUAGUGGUGAGCAACCUCUCACUCCUUUGUCCCAAAUGCCCUCUAAAUGUGGCUUCUCUGUGAGGAGGUCCCGCAGGGAUGUGCAGUUUGCUGCACCUUACCAGGGCUGCCAUGUUACACAGCAGGAUGGUGAUUAUGUACUGCCACUGCGUUUAUGGGGGGCACCGAUGACAAUGUCCUGCCCUGCUGUGCUUCCACCACCCUCUGUGUCCUGCUUCCCAUCUGGGAUGGUGGUGAAGAUUGGUGGUAUUACAGCACAUGGACUCAAAGUUAAAGUGUCUGGCACGUGGCAGCCCCUUUCAUCACUCUGUAGCAGUUGUGGACUCACUGUUGAAGAGCUCCCUGGUGGACUGAUGCUCUCUGCUCCCUACAACAGAGGCCUGUGUAUAGAGACUCAGGAGGAGAAGUAUUUACUAUCUCUUCUGCUGGCGGAAGUUGAGCUCUUGGUCACAUGUCCUACAUCUCCGAACAUUAAGCCUACCAGAACAACGACCGCUGCGCCUCCCAGUGACCAUCCUGUCCUGCAGUAUCCUCAGUACCCUCAGUUCCCAGUGUUUCCUCAGUACCUGCAAGGUACAGUGGCGCCUUUGCCACAACAUCCACAGCUGCCCUCAGGUGCUUCAGCAGACACUGGAAAUCAAGAUUCACCUGCAGCUCAGCAGCCUGCAUUUCCACUUAUGCCACAGUAUCCACAGUUCCCUCAGUAUCCUCUGUUUCCCAGACCGGUGCCACCUAUGAAACCUCCUGCAGCUCCUCCGGCUUCAUUACCCCAGAUGCCUCAGUCUCCACAGUAUCCGUUUCCUUUUUUCCCACAAUUCCCCAUGGUACCUGGAAUUUUCCAUCCAACAACCCCUCCUCCUCUUUCUCCUCCUGCUUCGGUAACCACACCUGCCCCCACCACUAAGCGUGAUGGGAAGCCUGUUGUUCCCCUGCAGACACGGUUUCCAAUUCCCCCUCAGUAUCCUUCCCCUCCAUUCCACCAACUCCCACAGCUUCCUGAAGGUCAAACUCCAUCUCCUCAGGGUCCCAAACCUGUAAUCCAGCAGCACAAACCAUAUCAGGUGUAUCCUCAAACCUACCAGAUCCCUGUGCUCUAUCCCCCUCAGAAGUAUCCUUCUCAAAGACAAAACACUCAAACUGCUGCUCCGACUACCGCCUCAACAACCAGUGCAGCUACCGCCCUGAAGCCUGCAGCUCAACAGCCAUUUUAUUACCCACACCCUUAUCUGCCGGCAUAUUAUGUUCCUCAGCAGGCUCCCAUGCCGACAUAUCCCGAUCCUCCAACCUCACCUUCUGCAAAACCAGCUCCAUCCGAUCAGCACGAACGUCAUGCCAAGCCUUCGUUUUAUCCUCCCCCCUCUCAUCAAAAGCCACAAUAAGUUACAAAGAACUGGUAAAUGUUCUGCUUACUGUUCCCAGGAACAUGACAGAAUUUCCCUUCAUGUGUUUUGGCUUGGUCAAUGUCAGAUUUGGCCAGCAAAGUUGUAACAAACCUCGCCAAUGAUUCUGCUCAAUAGAAAUACACUAAAUGUUGCAGGACAAGCAGAGUUUCUUAUGGGAUUCAAAGUGUAAAUGUACUUGAUUAAAAAAGAAAAAAGGCUAAGGUUAGCUUCACAAUUAC